AUGGCUGGACGAGGACGUGGACGUGCCAAUACUUUGCCUGCAUGGAUGACCAAGCAGGGCAUUGACGCACCACCUCCUGCUGGACCUGCACCGGGAUCGCGUCCGCCUCCAUGUGCAGGCGCAGGACCUCCACCUCCACCGCGUAAUGGACAGUUCGAUGACGCCCCCGAGCCCGCGCCUCGCCCGCCAAUGAUACGGAACAAUAUUCGCGAAUCUUCAGGUGGGAAGCGGCAUUCGCGCUCCCGAGAACGCGGAAAUGAACGUAAUGGCGGUGAUGUUAGAGGCCCGCCGCCGAUACGAGAGCGGUCGCGUUCACGGAGCCGAGGUAUUGGACACCACCGUGAUCGCGACUACGGAGUCGAUCGACGUCGGGAAGAGUCGUACCGACGUGGACGGUCUCGGGAACCGUCUCGUGAACCGUCUCGUGGACGUUCGCGUUCCCGUGAGCGUCGGGACCAUCGUGGAGACUCGAGACGUGGAGGCGGUGACCGCUAUGAAGACCGGGGCUACUCGGCGCGCGGACCGAGAAACGACGACUAUCGUCGUACUGAUGGACGUCCUUUGCGCAGGGAUGAAGAAGCGGUUGAGCGUGGCUACCGACGACCUUCAUCCAAUGGACAUGACGACCGUACGUCCCGCAGAUAUGCAGCGGAUUAUCAGCCGUAG